UGCUUCGGGGAAAUUCCUAAAAGUAACGCGUUUCUACUUGUUCCGAUCUGGAAUGCAAAUACUAAAGACAAAUGUCACAGAGGCUCGUCACAUGACGGAAUUAAAAAUUUUCGGGGAUACUUUGCUUUUGGGACAUAGGUUUGGAGAUUUAGUUACACCAUUACCGUCGAAGCGGAGGAACAUCCCGUACCAUUCAACGAUGGAUAAGGUAGAAGUCGGAACAGACAACAUUUAUUUCGAGAUGGAAUCCAAAAAGGGAACUGAGGCCAGAACCUACGAUGAAGGAAAUAGCAAAAGCAAAAUCCCGGCGACAAAACGAGCGAGCAUUGAGACGUCUGCGCUGGAGGCAAAGAAGAAAGGACAACCACUCAAAGAAAGGGAUACAGUGGCAUUCCGUCCAAUGCUGUUUGUUGCAGCCGCUGUCGUUGCUGUUGCUUUCCUGACUGCUGUUGCCACUUUGGUUUUAGCUUUAACAAUGAUGCUGUCUCGAAACAACUCAACUGCUUCAAAAGAUUCAACUAAUAUGUAUGUCUUAGGGGCAAACCUGGCGUCCGAGCUGAAGGUAAUGAAAGAAAACAAUUCAGACCUGGCAUCCGAACUGAGGGAAAUCAAGGACAUCCAAUCUUUGGUGUUAGCAGAGCUGGAGAAUCUCAGAAUCAGAAUGAACAAGAUUGAAGGAAGUAUUUCUUCUGCAAAUUGCAAUAAAUCCAACACAUCUUCAGACACAAAUCAGGAAAAGAAUGCAACAGAGCUGUGGCUGGCAAUACAGACUUCGUCCAAAAGGAUCGACAGUCUAUCAGCCCUUUUGCCUGCAGUGAACGCAAGUAUAAACGAAAAACUAAUUGACGUGCAACAAGAAAUCGUUCAGCUUGAUCGAAGGGUACAGAAAAGAGUUUACCAAAAUUGUGCCAAAGUUAUCAACGCAACUAAGAUUCCAGGUCCCAAAGGACCGCCAGGAUUCAAUGGUACCCAGGGUCCUCCUGGACCUCCUGGACCUCCAGGAUACAAUGGUACCCAGGGCCUUCCUAGACCUCCAGGAUCUCCAGGAUAUAAUGGUAACCAGGGCCUUCCCGGACUUCCAGGAUACAAUGGUACCCAGGGCCUUCCUGGACCUCCUGGACCACCAGGAUACAAUGGUAGCCAGGGCCUUCCUGGACCUCCUGGACCACCAGGAUACAAUGGCAACCAGGGCCUUCCUGGAUCUCCUGGACCUCUUGGGCCACCAGGAUACAACGGCACUCAGGGUCCUCUUGGACCUCCAGGACCACCAGGAUACAAUGGUACCCAGGGCCUUCUAGGAUCUCCUGGAUCACCAGGUCCUCAGGGACCUCCCGGACCACCUGGCUCUAGCAAUCUGACACUUUGUUCUUACGAAAAAGAAACCAGCGCUGGCAAAACCCCGGAUACAUAUGCAACCGCAGUCGUCGAAAAAACUGAAUUAAAUGGUAAGAAGUUUCUUGGUGUUAACUGUGACUCGAAUGACGCAAAAUUUGCGACACUUUCGAGCAGCAUAUCUGGUGGUAAAAGAAAAUACACGUGUACAUGCAAGGGUACUCUGUCUAGUGGGGACUCCCAGAUGUAUUGUUACAUUCACUACUGGGAGUGUCCAACAUAACUAAUCGUCAACUGACAGAGGAAGCAAUUCCAUCCAGGCGCGGUGGUAGCAGCUUCUCUUGAUAAGUACCUUUUAAGUGACCAGCCACUGCAAUGUGUUACACAUAGUCGUAGCAUUUGUAAAACCAUAAUUUAUCCAAAACUGACAAUCACGAUCAUUACGUGUCUAAGAAUACUUAUCUUAUUAGAUAUACCGUGGUCCAAUUUAGCUCUCUUGGCAGAUGCUAGGUACAAUCUGGUCUUUUUCUAAUACAUGCAAGGGUACCCUGGCUAGAGGGGACUCCCGUAUGUAUUGUUACAUUUACUACUGGGAGUGUCCAACUUAAAACAGAGGAGAAAUAUGAAUCAUAAUGUUGUACUCGUUCAUUGACAAAGACUUAAAAAGGCCAACUUGAAAUCACUAGAGGCACUGUGACUACCUCUCCCACAGUGUAGGUUGCAAACUGAAUACGUCAUUGAAUGAUUGCUCCUGUGACGUUUAAAGAGCACUUUUCAAUUAAGUGUCGAAAGUAAUUAAGCAAUUACUUUGGUUUUGGUUUAACUAAGCUUUGAGAUUUGUUGAGUAGUCUAAUUGGAAAAUAACUGGUUUGGGUUUGGUUUCAAUAGCCCUUUCACGGUUAACUUUUCUCAUUUGCUUUACAACAUAAUCUGGCAUGCGUGUAAGGCAAUUUCGAGGGUUUUUGUAUUUUCAGCUCGACAUUGCGGUCUCGCAUUCACAUUGGAUUACAUUGUAAUGCAAUUGAGAAAACCUAACCGUGAAAAGAGCUAUUGAAAACCGCUCUUCUGAAAAUUUUCAAUCUGUAACAUGAUAUGCGACAUUUAUCGCAUCCAGCUUAUAAUUACUUUACCUUGUUUAACAAACCUUCCAAGGGUUAAGAAAAAUAUGAUUAAAUAUCAUU